UUGCCGGUGUACGAGACGAGUGACGUCAUGUGGGUCAUAUGACCAGCAGCAGCAGCCGCCGCCUCGGAGUUGUCUGCAGCCUUUUGGGUUCCUGGGUUGAAAGAUCUCGAGGACUGAGGCGGGUGGUAUCGGUCCUACCUCACAGCCGAAUUGUGGCACCAUGCUCGCCCUUAUCAACAAACUUCUGGACUGGUUCAAGUCGCUGUUUUGGAAGGAAGAAAUGGAGCUCACCCUGGUGGGACUGCAGUACUCUGGGAAGACUACCUUCGUCAACGUCAUAGCGUCUGGGCAGUUUACUGAAGACAUGAUUCCGACAGUUGGGUUCAAUAUGCGAAAAGUUACCAAAGGAAACGUUACCAUCAAGGUUUGGGACAUUGGAGGACAACCAAGAUUUCGUAGCAUGUGGGAACGUUACUGUAGAGGUGUUAAUGCAGUCGUGUAUAUGGUUGAUGCAGCAGACUUGGAUAAAGUGGAAGCAUCUAAAUAUGAACUGCACAAUUUACUAGACAAGCCACAGUUGCAUGGAAUCCCUGUAUUAGUACUUGGAAACAAGAGAGAUCUUCCAAAUGCAUUGGAUGAAAAACAGCUCAUUGAAAAACUUAACCUUUCUGCUAUUCAAGAUCGGGAAAUCUGUUGCUAUUCCAUUUCCUGUAAAGAAAAAGAUAACAUAGACAUAACACUGCAGUGGCUAAUUCAGCAUUCCAAGUCAAGACACUACUAAGAAUGCACUGCCGAAUCUUCUUUCCCGGCCUCAUUAGAUUCUGCCUAUUAUAUGCUGGCGGUAAAGGGAAAGAAGGAAGUCACUACUCAGAUUCACAUUUUUUUGAAGCCAUUCAUGCAAACUGCCAGUUUUGAUUUCUUUUGUUUUUCAAUAGGAAAUCAGAGGUUGGUGGUAUAUCUUUUAAAACUGUAUUUCAAGAACCUUUAUAUUGCAUCCCAAAGUAAAGAACAUAUGAGGUUCCCCUAUAUGGUUAUCUUUCUGUGAAAAGGUCUUGUGCGGUACAGACUGGUUUUCUCUUAUUACAAAAAAAGCCACUGAAUUUCUUUUGAGUGGAUUUGAAUCAUAUGCCAUUUUCCUUUUGCUGUACAAGCAGAUUUAAAGAAGAAUAUUACAGUCUACUCCCCUUUAUACUAUACCAAAUCUACUUUUUAAAAUUGUGUUAACAACAUAGUAAGGUAUAAAGAUAAUGUUUAGAUGAAUUAUUCCAUAAAAACUUGAACAUGUACAUAUUUUGUCUUCAAUAUUUUUAGUUCAUUUGCUGUAAAUAUAAGAGAAAACGCUGUCCAUAUACUUUGAAUUGAAUGUAUUCCUUACAAAAUGUUGUUGGUUUGCGAAGGUAUUAUCUUAAUGUAUCAGUAUACUUGCAGUCGUUUAUUUUUUUUCUUUUAAUUACUUUAACAUUAGUAAGCUGAGUAUGGGGCUUUCCAUUUUUUUCUCUUUCAGGUUUUUUUGUCAUCCUUACCUAAAUUUAAAUCUUUUAAGAUGCUUUUUAAGUAAAGAAUGAAAUCUAUACAUUUUGAACUAUGGCACUUUAUGGUAAGCCUUUAAUUUCUCUAGUAUAAAAAUAUUUGUCAAAUAAUUAUUUGAAAAUGUUCUGAACUUCACAUAUAAUCCAUUACCCUGCUUACAGAGAUGGGGACAUCUUAAGUAUUGCAAAAGACAGCUGUUAGUUUCCAUAAAAGACAUCUGACAAAGGUUGUCUGAUUGUUUUAACUAAUUUAAAAAGCACUUUAAAGAUUUUCUUUUUCCAUUUAAAAUUAACCCACACCCUAUGCAAAAUUACACUGAGGUUUUAGUAAGACUCUCGAGUAUAUUGGACUGCCUUAAAAAGAAAAACCACAAUGACAACCUACACACAAGAAUAAGUCUAUAAAGGUUACAUUAAUAACAUCUCCACGAAUAUGCACAGUUCCUUAUGUGAGCGGAAGCUAAUAAUUUGCACCCCUACACCCUAUGGCUGGCAUUCAAUCCCUUCCUCGUCUUCCUUGUUGAAAGUGAGGGAUUUUGCAGACUUUAAAGGACAAUCUAAAUCGCAUAAUAUGAAUUGUAAAAGUUUUAAAAUCAGCCCUUAAACACGUUUACAAUUUACAUCCAUUUUCUGUUUUAAGUGGUUUUUGAAAUAUUAGCAAUUUUUGACAGCUGUUGAUGCCUAGCAGGUCUAACUCUCUUUGAAGGUCAAGAGUUGUCUAUGCACUUCCUGGAUUCAGUCAACCUAGGUUGCAUUCUCCCAUUUAAGCCAAAAGCCAGCUAUUCAGUCUAAAAAAUUGCCCAUAUACCCAAAUCCAUUAAAAUAUAUAAUGAAUGUGAAUUGGAGGAUUCUUUUUUUUCGGCUUGCUCAUAUACCCCAAACCAUUAAAAUAUUAUGCAGAAUUCUUUUUUGGGAUUUUGAAAUCACCUUUAAGUCAUUCUGCUAGCUAAAGGAUUUAACAUCCACAUUCCAGUUACUUAACAAAAAGCCUUACUGAUGCAUUUUGAGGCUAUAAUUAAUUAAAUAAUAUGUUAAGUAGGAGACGUAAACAAAUCUCAAACAUUUUAAAUUAAUAUCUUACAGGGAAUCUCAACCCAAAAAUUUAUUGUUUUAAACUUAUUCAUGUUUCUCUGAGCACUUUUGCAGUUUACAUUCUUUUCUAUUUUUGGCAGUUUGAGAAGUGCAUAGUCAAUUAGGCUCACUGAAACUCUAUGCCUUCAAAGAUAGCUGAUGAGCUGAAGCCUACCUAGUAGUAUAAAUCUCAUACUGUUACAACUGUAAAGUCAAAAGUGCUUAGACAAAUACUAAGUACGUUUUCAUAAUUUUUUUUAGAUCCCCUAUAAAGUAUAAAUGCUUACUCACACCUGCUCAAAAUCUUUUACCACUGUUAUGAAAGCACUUUAUGGCCUGUUCUAUGCAUUUUAUAUGGAAGUAGGAAUUAUGCUUACUCAAUUAGUAUACUUCUUAAGUAGGGCUUUUUUUUACCUGUUGAUGUUGCUGGCAAUAUGCGUGCUACAUUAAGGCAUUGUCUAGCAACAACUACUGAUUACAGUGAGCACACACCAACCCUUUAUUCUCUGAUUAUAAAUUAUUAAGUAAAUUAUUAAGUAUCUCUGAAGUAUAAUUGUCACAUGGCUGAUGACUUUGCUUUUGUAGUUAUUAAUAAGUUAAACAUUGCCCUCUAGUCACAACCGUUACUGUUUUGGAUUUUGUCUUUGUAUCUAAGCAGCCAUAUUCUUAUUUUUGAGUUGGCCCACGAGGACUAUAGCUGGUUUCCUUGUUCUUCAAAGUGUUCGCAUUUAAAGCGCUCAUUCCCUGCAUUCUGCUUGUUCUCUUGUGUUAAACAUGAAUCUAUGGGGUAAUGCUAAAGACAACUAUAUGGAAUGGCAAAAUUAUGUAUUUUAUUGAACAGAGCAACAUUAUUCAUCAUUGCCCUGGUCAUAAUUAGUGCAUCAAUUUUAAUGAGCUCUGUACGAGAAAAAAAUGGCCUUAUUGUGUGAUACAUGAUCUAUUGGUAGCGUAUUCCACUUAACAUUGUAAGCUUUACAAAUAUAUAAAAUAUUGUUUUUUCUAUGCAUAAGUCUAUGUAAAAACAUUGCAACAAAACAGAAAAGAAAUGGUGUGGCUUUUAUUUUUGUCAAUACAGAAUAUUGUAUGAUUUCACAAUUGUGUUGCCUUGCAGUAAGCAUGCAACUUGCAACAUAAUGGUAUGCAAGUACACCAAAGUGUCAGUGCUGCUUUACCUCUUGUAUUGGUUGCUUUGAAUGUUUAUUGGAUACACCCACUUGUACAAGGCGAAGGAAUAUCUUGGAGUUUUAUAAAUGUGUAUUAAUAAUUAAACUGUUCUUCCAGCUUGA